AUGGCAUUCAAGCUGGUGAUCAAUAUUUAUUUGUUCAUAUCCGAUCGAAUUCACAACUUAAAUGAUCAGCAACAACAUGGCUCUGAUUGGUACGCUAGAAGACGACAUAGAAGUUCAGACACGUGCAGACAAAUUGUACACCAUAUUCAAGAGCCAAUAUUAUACCACAUACCAAACAUUUCAAAUAAUAUACAUGCAGUUGAUGUUCAUGAAGGUGAUUGGGAGAAAGGAGGCUCUGUCAAGGAGUGGAAAUAUAAAACAGAUGGGAAUGUUGAGACAUUUAAAGAGAACGUUGAAGUAGAUGAAGAAAACAAGGCAGUAACAUUCAUUGCUGUUGGAGGACAUAUCCUGCACCACUACAAGAACUACAAAGCAACUUUCAAGCUCACCCCGAAAAUCGAGGGUAGGAAUUAAUAAUCAUCUGGUGAAAAUCACUCUGGAUUAUGAGAAAAGAAAGUUUGAUGGUCCUCAUCCUCUAGACACAUAUAUGGAAUUUCUGGUUAGUCUUGUUAAAGAAAUUGAUGUUCAUCAUGUUCUCCAGGCAUGAUAUGUAAUCUUUAAUAAUGUGGUAAUCACAAAUACAUAUAUGCUGAAGCUUGAAUAAGUUUUUAUGGUUGGUGUGCUGUGCCUUCAUUCUAGUUGUAAUCCGUGUGUAUUUGAAUAUAUACAUAAUACGUGAAGUUGUACUCCUUUUCAUAUGUAAAAAUUAUCAUGC